GAGAAAGUUUUGCUAUUUACGUCAGUAACUUUUUUUCAAUUAAACUAUAAACAAUACAAAAUCAUGGUAAAAAAUCAACAAAAAGAUGAAACUAUUGACUAAUAUUAUAAAUGAGAAGAAUCCUAGCUGGUCAUUGUGCUCAGACUUGGUCCAUAAGACGGUGGUAUAACGGUUCAAAAAGAGAAAGGCAUGAGGGAUUGGGUCCUCAACCAUUUACAGAUAAGCACACUAUAAUGGGCCUAGCUAUAACUAUAAUACCUGGGAUAUCUCUUGGGAUAUACCUCGGCAAGCAUUUAGCACAAUUUCUGGAACUAUCUGAAAUUUUCGCUCCUGGAGACGACAGUCGUGAGGACGAUGAUUGAAAAUUCCAAUUCAUUCAUUCUUUUCUCUGGAUUCAAAUUGUAAAUUGGUACUGGUUUUUAAAAUAUGCAUUUAAAAUAUUUAAAUGUACUAAAAUUCGUAUCAAUUGAACAAUUGGGUAAUUAAGGCAGAUUUCAAGCUCCGCGCCUUUGAGAUAGGCAAUACUUGUCUUUUUUUGCUGGUGGUCAAGAAUAGUAGUAAAGGCCCAAAAUUCUGGUGAACAUGAUAGUACUAUAGUAAUUUGAUUUGUACAGCGAGUAAAAAGAAAUGUAUAUGAUUUUCUCAGAGUGUAUCUCUCCUAAAAGUUAUAAACGAUUAAAAUUGAAUAAAUUCAUGUACAACUAU